UCCCAAAUGUCCUACUACCCCCAUACAGUCUCCUCAUUCUCUUGGACAUGGUGGGAAUAUAUGAUCACACUUGACGAUGAGAUUUCUCUCAUAUGGCUGAAGUGAUCUCCCAGCAAUCUCGCUGGUCCUGGAUCAAGUUUCUAUUUUUCAUGAAUCGAUAUCUUUUACUUUUCUCUCAGACGUUCGACUUUGCCGGUUACUUUCUUCCAAAACCGAGUUAUAAUGUAGGCCACGCAUGGGUCGGGUACAUCAUCGUCAUCAACGGAAGUCUACAAAUCUUUGUUGCUGAUAUCAUUCUUAUAAUUCGACUUGGGGCAAUAUACGGUCGAAAGAAGAGCAUUGUAGUGCCCAUGGUAGCCUUGUAUAUUCUCAACGUGGCCGCUAGCUCGACAGUGUUGGCAAUUCAGGCAAAGCAUUCGACAGGUUCUAACGAACCGCUCCCUGGCAUCUAUCUCUGCUGGUUGACCAGUAAAUUGAAUAUCCUAUAUGCCUAUUGGAUACCCAUAGCCGUUUUCGAAUCAGUGAUGUUCCUCCUUGCUGCAUUCAGAGUCAUAGAUGAUUUCAAUGUGCCUAAGAUGGAGGGCACAUAUGGCCCUCGGUCUUUACUUGCCAUCAUCGUCCGUGAUUCGUUGCUGUACUUUGUAGUUGUCCUUGCAGCUGCCCUCGCCAAUGCACUGAUAUACCGUUUUGCUGCCCUGGAGAAAUACAAUGUUCUCCAUGGUGCCACCUCAGCUGCUUUAUCGAUUUCUAUGUCUCGUAUGAUCUUAAAUCUACGCAAAACGGGGCGGGAAGAAAAUCCUCCCCCAUCUCUGCAGUUGUCUGGCUUGCACUUCCAGGAAGGUAGUACACCUGGAACUACCAUAGAUACCGGAGACGCUGUGUUGACUACAAGUCGGGGCAAUUGAUUAAUGGCCGGUAACUGGGGGAUUACUUGGUUAUUUACUAAAGAAAUCUCAUCCACCACAGCGAAGAUAUCGCCGUAGACAGCGCGUCAUAUCCCUGUACUCAUGCGGCGGCAGAAGGGUGAGGACAUACAUAUGGAAUCCUCUGUAAUGAUUCGAGAGCAACAUCUGUUUAAACAUCGACACAUAAGCGACCGAAGCAAAAAUGAAUGAAUCUUGU